AUGGCCAGGUCAGGUUUUUCUCAAUACAUGCCACCAACUUCACCAAUGGGGGUAAUAUCGGAGUCCGCUGCUGCACAACUUCUGGAUUUUUCCCAGCGUCUUGAUAUUGGACUGUUGGACCGCGUAGUUAAUUGUAUGUAUCAUGAAGCGGGAGCUCAGCAAAAGGUAGCAGAGAAAGUUCUAAACACGCUAAAGGAGCAUCCAGACGCAUGGAUGCGUGUUGAUUCCAUCCUGGAAUUUAGUUCAAACCAAGAGACAAAAUACUUUGCUCUUCAGAUACUAGAAGCACUAAUUAAGACACGUUGGAAGGUUCUGGCUCGUCCUCAGUGUGAAGGCAUUAAAAAGUAUAUUGUUGGUUUGAUUAUUCAGACCUCAUCUAAUUCAGAGCUUUUGGAAUCAGAAAAAACGUAUCUUGGUAAAUUGAACAUGAUCCUGGUUGAGAUAUUGAAACAUGAAUGGCCCAAUAACUGGUCAACUUUUAUCAGUGAUAUUGUUGGUGCAAGUAAAACAAAUGAAUCGCUAUGCCAAAACAACAUGGUUAUCUUGCGGCUGUUAAGUGAAGAGGUGUUUGACUUUUCUCUAGGACAAAUGACUCAAACCAAGGCCAAACAUCUCAAAGAUUCUAUGUGUCAGCAGUUCAGUUUAGUCUUUCAGCUUUGUCAGUAUGUCUUGGAGAACUCACAAAAUGCAUCCCUCGUUGUCUCUACUCUCGAGACAUUGCUUCGCUUUAUGCAUUGGAUCCCUCUGGGAUAUAUAUUUGAAACCAAUCUCAUACAGACUCUCGUAUUCAAAUUCUUCAAUGUCCCUCUGUUCCGGAAUGUUACCUUGAAAUGUCUUGCUGAAAUAGCGGGUGUACUAGUUGAUGAAUAUGAUACACAACUGGUAGAAUUGUUUGUUUCUACUACAGAAAAGCUAAAAGAAAUGUUAGCCUUAGAGACACGCUUAAAGGAAGCCUAUGAACGUGGAAGUAGCGAUGAACAGAAUUUCAUCCAAAAUCUUGCAAUUUUCUACACCACUUUUCUGAAAGGCCAUAGCAGCCUCGUUGAGAAACCUGAGCUAAUUUGGAAGCUACAAGAUGCAUACGCUUACCUGUUGAUGCUUUCCGAAGUGGAAGAGAGAGAAAUAUUCAAGAUCUGCCUAGAAUAUUGGAAUAUCCUGGUUUCUGACUUGUAUCGGGAAAGUCUUACCACACCGGUAGUAGGAACUCUUGGGGAACCCACCAUUGCGGAAGGUCGAAGCAAGCAAUACGCCCCAAUUUUAUCAAAGCUUCGACGAAUCAUGAUUUCACGUAUGGCUCGUCCGGAGGAGGUACUUGUAGUGGAAAAUGAACACGGAGAAGUUGUCAGAGAAUUCAUGAAGGAUACAGACAGUUUGAACCUCUAUAAGAGUAUGCGUGAAACACUAGUGUACUUAACUCAUUUGGAUCAUUCUGAUACAAAGAAAAUUAUGAUUGAAAAGUUGCAACAUCAAGUUGAUGGUCGUGAAUGGUCUUGGCAUAAUCUUAAUACGCUUUGCUGGGCGAUUGGAAGCAUCUCUGGUGCUAUGCAAGAAGAUGACGAAAGAAGCUUUCUGGUUGUUGUCAUACGCGAUCUUUUGGGGUUGUGUGAACAGAAGCGUGGGAAAGAUAAUAAGGCAAUUGUAGCAAGUAAUAUUAUGUACGUUGUUGGUCAGUAUCCCAGGUUUCUUCGUGCUCACUGGCGAUUCCUUAAAACUGUUAUUACCAAGCUUUUUGAGUUCAUGCAUGAAACACACGAAGGUGUGCAGGAUAUGGCUUGCGAUACAUUCAUCAAAAUUGCUCAGAAAUGUCGACGGCAGCUGGUAACUAUACAGUACGGUGAAGCAGUUGAAUUCAUUGAGGAGAUAUUGAAAGAAAUUGACAUUAUAAUAAAUGAUUUACAACCACAACAAGUUCAUACUUUCUAUGAAGCUGUUGGAGUUAUUAUCAGUGCCCAAACUGAUUCAGCUAUCCAAGCCAGACAAAUAGAACGACUUUUCCGACUGCCCAAUCAAAUUUGGGAUGGAAUUCUGGUUCAGGCUGCUAGUAAUAUCGACCUGUUGAGAGACUUCGAAGUUGUGAAGCAGUUGUGUAAUUUAUUGAAAACAAAUCACAGUGCUUGUAAAUCCCUUGGGCAUUCAUACCUUGUUCAGCUUGGUCGCAUUUAUCUGGACAUGUUAAAUAUUUAUAAGAUAAUGUCUCAAAAUAUCGGACAAGCUGUAGCUGCUAAUGGAGAACAAGUGACAAAGCAACCACUUAUUCGUAGUAUGAGGUCUGUUAAGAAAGCUCUACUUAAUCUUUUGUCUUGCUGGAUUCAGAGAAGUACAGACCCUGUAUUUGUUGCUGAAAAUAUUGUACCUCCAUUGUUAGAUGCUGUAGCUGAUGACUAUCAAAAAAUCUCCCUGCUGCUCGAGAAGCAGAAGUUCUAA